AUGGCGAUUAAAAUACUAAAGAGUUUUUGUGGUUGUUGUGAUUUAAAGUCCGGAGUACUUGUGCUCGGUGUUUUGGGUAUUUUAGGCAGCCUUGGAACUUUGUUCGUAGCACCUGUAAGCUACCGUGAAGCUUGCACCAGAGUAAAAAGCCUUGGAGAAACAGAGUGUGCUGCCGCCUACACGAGAAUGGGAGGAUUAGUUAUUUCUUCUGUGAUAACUCUUGUUUUGACGUCGCUAAUGAUCGUCGGCUCUCAAAUGGAAAGUCCUUUAAUGUUACUGCCAAUUAUAAUCCUUAAAGGAGUUUUGAUCCUUGUUACAUUUGUCGCUACUUGGUACUUAUCAAUUUACGCUUUUGUAUUUUCAAUUGGAAGUUUUUCGUUUAUAAUUUUCGCCGGCAAUAUUUGUGGUGGAAUCAUGCUGUAUGUUUGGUUAGUAAUCUGCAGCCGCAGGGUAGAAAUAAAAAAUGGAAGUAUUUCAUCUAAUUGCGCUUGA